ACUGCAAAAAUGGGCGUUGCCACCCUCACUCCCAUUACCCUCUUCCUUCUCUUUGUUGCUUUUGCGGAUGCCAUUGGUCCAUUUGCUUGCGACCCCAAAGAUUCAACGACGCCCGCCUUGCCGUUUUGCAAGGUCUCCAUGCCGAUAUCGGAACGAGUGAAUGACCUUGUAGGGAGGUUGACGUUGCAAGAGAAGGUUAGGCUGUUGAUAAACGGUGCGGCGGCGGUUCCACGGCUGGGGAUCAAAGGGUACGAGUGGUGGUCCGAGGCUCUUCAUGGGGUGUCCGAUGUGGGCCCGGGAACGAGGUUCGGUGGGGCAUUCCCUGGGGCCACAAGCUUCCCUCAAGUAAUCACCACCGCAGCUUCUUUCAAUGCCACGUUAUGGGAAGCCAUCGGACGGGUCGUGUCGGAUGAGGCCAGGGCCAUGUACAACGGGGGAACGGCUGGACUCACGUACUGGAGCCCAAAUGUCAACAUAUUUCGGGACCCACGGUGGGGACGUGGACAGGAGACUCCCGGUGAAGAUCCGGUUCUCGCCGGCACAUAUGCAGCGUUCUACGUGAGGGGAUUACAGGGAGGUGACGGUGAUAGGUUAAAGGUGGCGGCUUGUUGUAAGCAUUUCACGGCAUAUGACCUCGAUAACUGGCAUGGUGUCGAUAGGUUCCACUUUAAUGCCAAGGUAAGCAAACAGGACAUCGAGGACACAUUCGAUGUACCCUUCAAAAUGUGUGUACAAGAUGGCAACGUAGCCAGCGUUAUGUGCUCUUACAACGAAGUCAAUGGCAUUCCCACCUGCGCCGAUCCCAAUCUACUACGUAACACAGUUCGAGGUCAAUGGAAACUGGAUGGGUAUAUUGUUUCGGAUUGUGAUUCGGUCGGGGUCUUUUACAAUACCCAACAUUACACGGCGACGCCAGAACAAGCGGCCGCCAGUGCCAUCAAAGCAGGUUUGGACUUGGAUUGUGGGCCUUUCUUGGCUCAACACAGUGAAGAUGCGGUAAAACAAGGGUUGUUGAAGGAGGUUGACAUUAACAAUGCAUUAGUUAAUACACUCAGAGUUCAAAUGAGACUCGGCAUGUUCGACGGGGAGCCAUCUGCACAACCGUAUGGGAACUUAGGGCCGAAAGAUGUUUGCAGCCCAUCGAACCAAGAGCUCGCACUUGAAGCCGCAAGACAGGGCAUUGUUCUGCUUAAAAACCGGGGUCCUUCAUUGCCUUUGUCCCAUCUACAUCACCAAACAGUCGCUGUAAUCGGGCCUAACUCCGAUGCCACGGUUAGCAUGAUCGGAAACUAUGCUGGUGUUGCUUGUGGAUACACAUCACCUUUGCAAGGAAUAGGGAAGUACGCAAAAACAAUUCACCAAAUCGGAUGUGCCGAUGUUGCUUGCCGAGAUGACAUGUUAUUUGGUGCCGCAAUCGAUGCUGCAGGUCGAGCAGACGCAACAAUUCUAGUAAUGGGGCUCGACCAAUCCAUCGAAGCAGAAUUCAGAGACAGGAAAGGGUUGUAUUUGCCAGGGCGUCAAGAAGAACUUGUUUCUAAAGUAGCCAAGGCUUCCCGGGGUCCAACUAUACUGGUUUUAAUGUCUGGCGGGCCUAUCGAUGUUUCUUUCGCUAAGAACGACCCUCGUAUUGCCACCAUUUUGUGGGCUGGAUACCCGGGACAAGCAGGAGGAGCCGCAAUAGCCGAUGUAUUGUAUGGGACAACCAACCCUGGGGGCAAGUUGCCUAUGACAUGGUACCCACAAGAGUAUGUUUCGAAUUUGGCAAUGACAAACAUGGCCAUGCGUUCGAGCCUGAGGAGAAAUUAUCCAGGAAGAACCUACAGGUUCUACAAAGGACCCGUAGUGUACCCUUUCGGCCACGGAUUGAGUUACACCAACUUCGUUCAUAACAUUGUUGGUGCACCCAAUGUCGUUACCGUCCCUCUAUAUGGCCACCGUCGUUCAGGAAACACAACUGUUUUAGGCAAGGCAAUCAAAGUUAAUCAUGCAAGAUGCAACAAGCUGUCAGUAGGCCUUCAAGUAAACGUGAAGAAUACGGGAUCGAAAGAUGGUACUCAUACGAUGCUAGUGUUUUCGACUCCACCUGCUGGUCAUUGGGCUCCACAUAAACAGCUGAUAGCCUUUGCAAAAGUGCAUGUUCCGGCAGGGAUGGAACAACAAGUUGGAAUCAGCAUCCAUGUGUGCAAGUUCCUGAGCGUCGUGGACGUGUCAGGGGUCCGAAGAAUUCCAAUAGGAGUACAUCAUCUCCACAUUGAUAACAUUAAGCAUCCCGUAUCCCUUCAAGCAGAAACAUUAGGGGUGAUCAAAUCAUAGAGGGGGAAACGAGUAUGCCAUUGCUAUACAAAUAGCAAAAUUCAUUUUCUUUGUCAAUUUGCAAGUGUUUACUCAAGUUGUAUAAGGAAGAAGUACACCAAAACUGGUUGCUUCUACCAUUAAAGUAAUUAAUUAAAUCAAAUUUAAAAAUAUUUUAGUAAUACAUAUUCAAAUUAUUUUGAA